CCCAGGAGGCGAAGGUCCUUAGGCGCUGCCGGGGACACCGCGGGCACACGCUCGCGGGUCUGGUUCGGCGUUGCGUCUGAGAGGCUCUAAGGCGGCGGCCGACGGCGGAGAGCGCUAUGUUGUCGCGGGCAGCGUGCAGCGCGGGCGCGAGGCUGGCCCCGGCCCUGGGGGCUCUGGGCUGCCGGCAGAAGCACAGCCUCCCCGACCUGCCUUACGACUACGGCGCCCUGGAGCCGCACAUCAACGCCCAGAUCAUGGAGCUGCACCACUGCAAGCACCACGCGGCCUACGUGAACAACCUGAACGCCACGGAGGACAAGUACCGCGAGGCGCUGGCCAAGGGAGAUGUUACCGCUCAGGUAGCCCUUCAACCUGCACUGAAGUUCAAUGGCGGAGGUCAUAUCAAUCACACCAUUUUCUGGACAAAUUUGAGUCCUAAUGGUGGUGGAGAACCCAAAGGAGAGUUGCUGGAAGCUAUCAAACGUGACUUUGGUUCUUUUGACAAGUUUAAGGAGAAGCUGACAACUGUCUGUGCUGGUGUCCAGGGCUCAGGUUGGGGUUGGCUSGGUUUCAAUAAGGAGCAGGGACGCUUGCAGAUUGCUGCCUGUGCUAAUCAGGAUCCAUUGCAAGGAACAACAGGUCUUAUCCCACUGCUGGGGAUUGAUGUAUGGGAGCAUGCUUAUUAUCUUCAGUAUAAAAAUGUCAGACCUGAUUAUCUAAAAGCUAUUUGGAAUGUAAUCAACUGGGAGAAUGUAACUGAAAGGUACAUGGCGUGCAAAAAGUAAAACAUCAUCAUUAUAUUGAGUAUGUUAAACUCCUUAUGACUAUUUUUGUAGUAGAGUACU